CACAUGCGCAGACCGCUCUGCCACCUGCUGAAAAUCAGAGGCGAACAAGGAAGUCUGGCCUGGAGAACUGGCUGUCAAGCUAAAAGGAGACAAACUACAUCUCCGCCGCAUAGUAGACAUCUGCUCGCAGGUUGUUAGCUACAUCGGCGUGGCAAGAUGUUUAAGAAACUCAAGCAGAAAAUAAACGAGGAGCAGUCGCCGCAGAGGAAUGCGCAGUCACCACAGCAGGCCCAGAUGGGCAGCGGAGACCGGCGCAGCAGCCAGACCCCUCCAUAUCAUCAUGAUGGCACGCCCUCUCCCAGUGACAGAGAGAUGCUGGCCGGGAUGAUAGCAGAGCCCGCUUUUCUCUCUGAGUAUACUAUCUUUGCUCUGGACCAUUCAAAACGACCCAAAACGGCCCAGGUAGCCAGUGUGAGUGCCUCUAAAGGACCUUCGAGGUCUCCCAGAGGUAGCAUCAAUGGGGAUGGAAGUGCUUCUCCUCUUAGAGAGGAGUCGCAGUCAUUUGCCCAGAAACUACAGCUAAAAGUUCCCUCAAUGGAGUCGCUGAUUCGUGGUGGUGCCAGUCGGGCAGAAAAUCUGUUCCGCUCGCCAUCAAAAGAAAACCUGGUCCGAAGCUCGUCACGUGACUCCCUGACACCUUUGGGAGAGAAUGAUUCCCCGGGAGGCCCCACAUAUGAUCCGCCCUCAGAUAUCGAGAGUGAGGCUGAGGAGCCGCCAGGAAGCGCCGAGUCUCUUUCCAAAGAGCAGUUGGUGCACCGACUGCUCAGAGUGGAGAGGAGUCUGGGGAAGUAUAGAGGGAAGUACUCUGAGCUGGUUACUGCAUACAGAACAGUGCAACGAGAUAAAGAAAAGACGCAGGCCAUCCUCAGUCAGAGUCAGGAUAAAGCUCUUCGCAGGAUAGGGGAGCUGCGGGAGGAGCUUCAAAUGGACCAGCAGGCCAAAAAACACCUACAAGAUGAGUUUGAUGCUGCGCUGGAGGAGAAAGACCAGAUGAUUACUGUCCUCCAAACACAGGUUGCUCUGUUGAAGAAACGAGUCAAGGCGGUGUCUGAUGGGUCGCUGCCACCUGGUGGUGAGGUCCCUCAGCCUGAAGUUGCUGAAGACUCUACUUCUGCUACACAAAGUCCUUCUAAGGAGCAAGAACUAGAGCCUGAAGUCGCUGAGGGAGAGGGCAACACUGAUCCAACCAAACUUCUGGAAGCCCUGCAGAAGAGAGUGAAGAGGCAAGAAAACCUGCUGCAGAAGUGCAAAGAAGUGAUGCGUACGCACAAAGAGCGGAGCGCACAGCUGAGCAGUGAGAAUGAAACUCUGCAGGAGCAGCUGCAGGAGCGACUUCAGGAGCUGGAGAAGAUGAAGGAACUGCACACAACAGAAAAAACUAAGUUAAUCACUCAACUGGGUGAUGCCAAGAACCUCAUUGAACAGCUGGAGCAGGACAAGGGAAUGGUCAUUGCUGAGACCAAGCGCCAGAUGCACGAGACACUGGAAAUGAAAGAAGAGGAGAUUGCACAGCUGCGCUCCAGGUUUCAGCAGGCUACUGCCCAGAAAGAAGAAUUGCAGGAACAGAAAGAGAAGGCUGAGAAAUCAGCUUUUGAGGAACUUGAACGGGCUCUGGGUGUAGCUCAGAGGGCGGAGGAGGCCAAAAAACAGCUGCAGGUUCAGCUGGAGGAGCAAGUUAAAGAAGUUGAAAGGGCCAGUGAGGAAGAGAGGAAGAGUCUGCAGCAGGAGCUCACACGAGUCAAACAGGAGGUUGUCACCAUUAUGAAGAAAUCAUCUGAGGAAACGGUGGCCCAAAUGGAAAAGCGCCAUAGUGAAGCUUUGGCUGCUAAAGAAGAGGAGAUAAGUGAAAGAGUCAACAAAGCUGUGGAGCAGUGCAAAGAGGAGUUUGCACUGUUAGCUAAGGAGCGAGAACAACAGGCCUCUCUGGCUCUGGAGGACGCAGAGUUACAGAAGACAGCUGUAAGGGCAGAAGCUGAUAACAAGGUUAAAGAGAUUCAACUGGAGCUGGAAACUACAAGAACUAGGAUAUUGGAGCUGGAGAGCUCUGUGGGCAAAAUCUCACAAGAUGAAUCAAGUCUCUCCCAUGAACUUUCCAGUCAGCUGGAAGAGCUGAAGAAUAAACACAAAGAGCAAAUCUCUGCAUUAGAGGAAAAGCACCAGGAGCAGCUGGAAAAGCACAAGGGCACCCUAAUCCAGCAGCAUAAUGCUGCUCUUGAGGAACUCAAGGAAAAACACAGAGGUGAAAUGGAAACUCUUCUGAAAGAGAAAGAGCUGCAGUUUCAAGCACAUGUUGAAGACAUGAACCAGAAAACCUUGGAGAAACUGGAUGCCAAGCAGGCAGAGUUCGAGGCACUUUCUGCUGAACUUUCAGAGAUGUUGAAAAGUAACAGCUUCUGGAGGAAAGCUGGUGGCAGCGAAAGAUGCUCAAACAGCAAAGUAAAAAAAGGUUUCAAGAUCAGGUGUCAAAGCACAAUGCAGAGCUUGCAAUCUAAAACAAGAGCAUGCGCAGUCCCUUGGGAGUAUAGAAAAAACACUGAAGGAGGAGCUUAAUGCCGUGAAAUUGUUCUGAAGGAAAAGCAAAAGGAAAUUGACCAACACGUCCAGAAAGAAAAAACACUACAAGGGGAAUCACAUUCCACCCACCACAGGACCUAAAAGUCAAGGUUAAGGAACUGGAGCAGCUCCAGCAGAGUUUAUCACAAUCCCAGCUUGAAAUUGG